UUUCAAUUGCCGUGGUGUACACGUUGGCUCUGUUGUUGCUUUGUAAUUUGAUCUUUGAUCCCAACAACUGUAGUAAAGCUCAACGAAAUGUCAAGUCACAGUGCUUCAUGCUCAAGUGACAUUUCAGUCGACCUAACCGAUGCCUUUCGAAGUAUGAUACUGAACAAGCGUUUCGUCUUCUGGGAUGAUUUUGAAAGCGCCUUAAAAGAGUUCCAAAAAACUACUUAUACUCGUUACAUCCACACAGAGAGCAGAUUGCUGAAGGAUGUCAGGUUCAAAUACCUGUUUGUAUCGUUUAAUUGUACGUUUGGUCAUAAGAGGAAAUCGGAAGGUUUGAAAGUGAGGCAAAAAUCGUCUAAAUUCCGUAAUUGUCAAUCUAAAUUUCGUGUAAGACUAGAGGAGCAAGGAUAUGUCAUCAAAUCCUACAACAUGCUCCACAAUCAUCCAUGUAGUAGUUCAUGGAUGGUAUGUGAUCCAUUGACAAGGAGAUUAUCGUCAGAAGAAAAAGAGAACUUGAAGCCCGUAAUACUUCACUGUGAGUCAGCAGAUGAAGUUAUCGAAAGCAUUAAGGAGAGAACUGGUAAGCAAGCAACUGCUGCCGAUGUCAAAGGUAUGAAAGCUACACUCUCCACUGGUAAGUGUAUAUAAAUAUAUUUCAGGUUGUUUUACUCGGAACCAGGUAAUGGAUAUGCUUAGACAGAGAGGCGAAGUGAAGGAACAUUUAGAAAAUGGAUAUGCCACUAGAAUAUGUUUCAGUAGUUCUAACCAAAUACAACUGUACAGAAAAUAUCCAGAAGUUGUGUGCAUUGAUUCUACGUAUAAUACUAAUAAUAAAAAGUGAAUAUGUUUAUCGUUGUAUUUUACUAUGUAGAUAUUCCUUAUUCCAGUUAGUAGUGACGGAUAAUUGCGGUCGAGGUCGAACUGUAAUGUUUGCAUGGACUCUAAGGGAAAAGCGUGCUGAUGUUAUAUGGAUUCUAGAUCAAUUCAAAGAGAUAAUGGGGGAUACAAUGUUGACUGAAACAUUUGUGAUGGACUGCGCAA